UGCGUCAUGGAGAAAACAUGACGUCAUCCAAUGUACACAGGAGCGCACGUUUUGCCAUUGAACCGAUUGCUGAGAUUUACAUGGUGGCACUAAAACUAAAGGAUGCACAGUCCUAGAUGUCCACUGGACACACACCGGUUCUAAUCAUCCGUGUAGGCGCCAGACAGCUGACGGUAUUCUAAAUUAUUUAAUCAUUUUCUGUGUAAAUGUUGCUGGGGAAACUCAAAAUUUAUGUUUCCAGCCAAAAGAGCAAAGCUUGACAUGGAAGACGACGGGGGGCGGCUGCGUCUGCUUGAAGAUGAGCUGCAGGUCAUUCAAGCAGAAGUGGAGCCCAUUGAAGUCAAGCGUUCAAGCACCUCCAGGACAGAGUCGGUGACCUACAGGCCCACGUACCGAGCUGUCCUCGCUAAAAAUGGAUACCUUGUGAGAAAAACCCUGGGUAACGGGAGCUACUCAAAGGUAAAGUUAGCCAUAUCGCUAAAUAAAUCGAAAUCUCUAGUGGCAGUUAAAAUUGUGGAUAGAAACAAAGCCCCCAAAGACUUUCAGACAAAAUUUCUUCCCCGGGAAUUAGAUAUUUGGCCGGGCCUCCGGCAUCCCAAUAUUAUCAAAGUACUGGACGCUUUCGAUGAUGGGCGACGUGUCUAUAUGAUUCUUGAGUACGCGGAAAAUGGUGACGUUUUACGGUACAUCCAGAAGGUGGGGGCUCUGGUGGAGAACCUGGCCAAAGGCUGGACGUGGCAGCUUUGUGACGCCGUCAGAUACCUGCACGACCUGAACAUCACCCACAGGGACCUCAAGCUGGAGAACCUUCUCUUGGACAAGUCCUUUAAUAUCAAACUCUGCGACUUCGGCUUCGUCAAAGGGGACUGCACGCUAAGUAUGAGCCAGACCUACUGCGGCUCCAAGUCGUACGCCGCGCCGGAGAUACUGAAGGGGGAGCCGUACGACCCAAAGAAAGCGGAUAUGUGGGCCAUCGGUGUCAUCCUCUACAUCUUCGUCACCGGCAAGAUGCCAUUUGAUGAGAGUCGAGGGAACAGUGGGGUGCUAGAGGAGCAGAAGAAGCUGGAAUUUCCGUGGCAGAAGUAUAAGAAGGUGACGAGCGAGGAACGAAGUCUGGUGCUGAAGCUGUUCACACACGACUUCCAGUUGAGGCCCGACAUCCACAGGGUGCUGAGGAACAGGUGGAUGGAAUCAGCCAGCCUGCUGGAGGGCAAGUUAGGUGAUUUAGCGAAUGAAGGAAAAAACAAUCACCACAGCCAUCACCAUCAUCACCAUCACCAUCACCAUCACCCACACCAUCGUCACCACUCGCGUGAUAAGGGAGGAGACAAGCCAACGGUGGAGAAACAAGCACCAGCAGCGGGGAACCCCAUGCCAGCGCAGUAGCUGGGACCUAACAAGAUCCAGAAGAUGAACCAACCCGAACCCGAACCCGUCAAGUCAUGAAAACCCCGAUCUUUGUUUACAUCCAAACUUGCAAGCACCGGCCUCAUCACGUGAUUACCGUAAUGAGAUUUAGGUAUCUGUGAAGAGAGGGCAGAGUUAUGGAAUAAAUUGUGUACACGCAUCAUAUUCUGUUAGAUUCUGUUCUUCCAAUGGCACUGUUGAUGUUAUUCCAACCCUCUGAUGUAUAGAUAUGUUCAAUAAUCGACUUUAGUUCAUUAUUUAGUCAUUAAAAAUAUGUUCAUUAAUC